AUGGUCACAACAAUCCACCACGACCCCACCACAACCCCACCCACCCCCUACCUCAAAAUCCCCCUCCCCACUGCCUCUUCUUCCACCUCCUCCACCAUCACCCCCGCCUCCACCUCCACCACCUCCAGUACCCCCUCCCCCAACCGCCACCGCCGCUUCACCCACGUCCUCCUCACCCCGCCGCGCCGCACCGACGGCCCCGCCGCCGUCGCCGCCCUCAACGACCCCCGCGUCUACCUCAACCUGCUCGGCCCCGCCUACCCGUACGACCUGCACCACUGGGAGGCGUGGUACGCUUCGCUCGCGGCGGACGCGGCGCGGGCGGCGGAGGAGCUGCGGGGGGUGGAGGAGGUGAGGCGGGAUGGAAAAAAAGAGGAGGAGGAAGGGAGGAAGGACGGGAAGCGGUGGUGGGUGGGGAGUGGGUUGCCGUUUCCGGUUAUUAGGGGGGUGGUGGAUGGGGAGGAAGGGGAGAAGGUGGUGUUUUUGGGCAAGGUGAAUGUGAGGAGGGCGGAUUACAGGACGGUGAGGGAUGAGGGGGAGAGGAGGCGGUUGAGGGAGGCGAAUGCGGGGUUGGGGCCGGGGGAGGAGGCGAAGAUCGAGUGGGAGAUGGGGUUCUGGCUCUGUCCCGAAGCCCAAGGCCAAGGCAUCAUGACUACGGUCCUACGCACGCUUCUCGAGGGAUUUUUCGUCGACUACAUGAACAUUCACAACCUGAAGGGCUCGUUCCUCGCGCACAACAAGGGCAGCAGGCGAGUGUUUGAAAAGUGCGGGUUCGUGUUCGAGAGCGAGGAAGUGGAUGCUUUCGAGGUGGUCGAAAGCAAGACGGGGGGUGUCAAGGGUGUGAUGGUCAACGCCGUUCAUACGAGAUGGAAAAGAUGA